AUGAGACCCUUUUUGCUCUUCCUGCUACAUCUGCGCCUCUGAUGCACUCCUCUGCAGAAAAAGUUCUGGACUUGCAGGAGCAGCCAGGUAGCACUAAGUCGCUUGGUCAAGAGGAUUUUACUGCAGUCGCACUUGAUACUGCUCCUUCUCUUCCCUCCUUCUCUCCUAUCUCAGCUGAUCCCUUUAAAGAGUACACAGCCUUUGAUACACUCUCAGAUGGAUUACCUGCAAGAGGCAUUUACAAAGCAAGUACAAAUGAGGUUUAUAAGGAAACAAUAAAAAGUCCAAGAAAUCCCUUUCUUGCAGAGGGAAAUGACAAAGACAUUUCAGAGAUGAAGUACUCAGCACCCCCAUUUGCUAAACCAGAAACAGCCAUUUUAUCUCCAGCUAAAGGGGAAACACAGCUAGAGGGCCCUAAAGAAUUACCUAACCUGGAGAAAAUGUCUCCAGAAACUCCUGAAGAUCUGUUUGAGAGAAAUGAGGAAGAUCUCUUCUAUAACAAAGACAAAUACCAAGGUGAUGGUAUUCAUGGUGAAAAAGGGGUGUUGAAAGAAGACCCUCUCAGGAGGGAUGAAUAUGCAGACUUCAAACCAUUCGAGCCAAUAUGGGAAGUAAAAGGUGCUAGUCAUGGACUAAGCAGCAUGAGAGAAGAUGUUGCAAGUAAGAUAGAUGCCAAACUAGAGAGCAGUUUGGAUGAGAAAUACGGUGUGGAUAAGCUGAAUGUGCAGAAGGGUUAUGAAAGAGAGAGUGAAGGAGACUCUUUCCCAAGUACCCCAGAAGCUGUAAAAGAACCUUCACAGACUUACAUCACUUGUACUAAAUUUGACUCCUCUCUGAGUCCUGAUGGUAACAAAGGCAAAUCUCUGUCUCCACUAGAGGAGGGCACUUCAGAAAAUAGAACCGACGAUGAGAAAAAAAUUGCAGAAAUGAAAGCUCAGACAAGCACAGAACAAGGUAAUUUUAGCGCCCGAGCAGUUGGCAAGCAGGAGGGCCAGGAAGCUGACUCUGCUAAAGCAGAGAGUGUAUCAACAGUGCCAUCUGACACUGCAGCAAAUAUGCCUGAAGGUCUUACUCCUGAUCUGGUACAAGAGGCGUAUGAAAGUGAAAUGCAUGAUGCAGCAUGUACAAAACUUGCUUAUGAAACCAAGAUUGAUUUAGUUCAGACCUCCGAGUCAGUACAAGAGACGUUGAAACCUGUGACACAAAUCUGUCCCUCGUUCGAAGGGUCAGAAGCGGCUCCGUCUCCAGUAUUGCCAGAUAUUGUUAUGGAAGCCCCACUAAGCACUGGGACUGCUGGUGCAGAAACAUCUGCUGUGCAGCUUGAAGCUUCCCCAUUAGAAACAUUUAUUCCCACUGCCAAAUAUGAGAAUGUAAAAGAAGAGGCUGAAAAACCUCCCGUAUACCAAGAGGCAGUGCAUGCUCCACUGGCACAGGCCCAAGAAGCGAAAGAGGCAUCAGCAUUUAAACAACCUGGUCGUGAGAGUAGCACCAGUCCUGAAGAUCUAGAGACUCCUUAUAUAUCUAUUGCAUGUGACUUAAUUAAGGGAACAAAGGUCUCUGGUGAGUCUGUUUCUCCAUCCUUUACAGAUUAUUCAAAGACACCAAUAACAGAAUGCAUUUCUCAGGAUAUGCCUGAACACAAGGAACUUGAUGAAAACCUGUCUCCAGAGUUUGGAAAAUCUGACCUGUUUCAUAGCCAGAUGAUAGCUGACUUUGCUGAUGAAGAGAGUGAAGAUCCAUCUCUCAUCCUACAAAGUAAAUCCACUGAGAGUAUUGCAACUGAUGAUGAACAUGAGGAAGGGCUGGUGGAUUCAGUAGCUGCCACAGGCAAGCCUUAUCUGGAAUCAUUCCAGUCCCAACUGGACUCUUCCAAAGGUGUUGCUGCUCUAGCAUCUGAGCCAACACCUACAAAAGUAGCCAAGACAGAGAAGAUUCCUCUUCAAAUGGAAGAGCUGAAUGCUUUGGCUUAUUCAUCUGAUGUAUCUGUUGCUAUGGAACCAAAAACAGGAGAUGACAAAGCUCUCUCACCCAUGGAGUCCUCCCCAGAAGAAGACUUUGUGAUGUUAGCUCAUCCUAAAACUGUUCCUGAGUUUAUGGCAGAAGUCACUGACAGAGAAAUAAUACACAAAGAUAAAGACGAAGAGAUCAGUGAGGCGAUCCAAGGUGAGAAGAGGCAGUUGCCUUGCUCAGAGCUGCCCUGUGAUCUGUCUAUGAAGAAUGUAGAAGUAAAAGCUGAGGAAGAUGCUAAUGCCUUGAAAAAGUCCUUGGAGGCUGUGGACAGAGAAGUGCCUGAAGUAUCCACGAUGUCCUUACCAGCCACAGAUACCUCACCUUUAUCUACUGAAAAAGAGAUAGUCAGUGUAGUCAAACCAGGAGCUUUUGAGAAGGAAGCUGAGAGAGAAGCUGCUUCUGUUAAAGAAAAGAAAAAACCUACUGCUGUGUUUUCAGCAAAGCUGAAUAAAUCUUCAGGUAAUCUGUGUAUGCUGUCUUGCAGUUUGCUAAUCUGCAUAAUUCUUUAGCUAAACUUAACCAUGUUAUGUCUUACUCUUUUUAAGUCACUUUCUGUAAACUUCUCU